AUGCAUCCACAUAAACGACCAUUAUCUUACAUAUAUACUACGUCUCCAUAUACUAUUCCUAGUUUUGAAACUGUAUCAUCUCAACCAGUUCUAUUAGAUGUUAAUUGGUAUAAUUCGUGGCCAAGUACUAGAUCAAUAAUUAUUUCUGUUACAAUGCUUAUUUGUAGUUCAACUAUUAUUGGUCUUGAUAUUGCUAAUAUAGCUAUUGAAGGAAAUAAACAAAAUGAAACUUCUAAAUUAGGAUCAGGAACAGCAACAGUUGGUGCAGGUAUUUGGAGUGGAUCUAUAUCGUUUGUCGCUGCUAUUUUUAUUAUUAUAAUUAUAUUUAUGGGCAAUAAACGUAUUGCUGCUACAUUUGCAUUAUUAGCAGUUAUUUUGGCUUUCUUUUUUACUAUUGUUCUCAUUGGUUUAGCUGGUAAUUCAGUACAAAAUAAUCUAUCGAAAACUGAACGUACAAGUGCAGAAGAAGUACAACAUAAACUUUUAAUUGCUAUACUUUCUAUUGCUCUAUUUAUCAUGAUACUUUGUAUAAUAUUUUUUGCUAUGUAUAUUAAAGUCUUACUUUCAUCAUCUGUUCGUAAAAUAACAGUGCGUUGA